AUGGGGGAGAUUCGUGGGGACAAGAGAGAGGAGACAGGGGAGGAGAGAGAGGAGAAAGAAAAGGAGACAGGGGAGGUAGAGGGGGAAGAGGAGGACGAGGAGACAGAGGAGGAGACAGAGGAGGAGACAAAGGAGGAGACAACUUGGAGAAGGCCUAAUGAAGAAGAGGGCACGCAGGAUGCCCAACAAGGAUGGCAGGAAGAAGGCGGAGAGCAAGACGCCACAGGUUAUUCUGGUGGUGCUGGGGGUUUAGAAGGAGCAGGAGGCGGAGGAGGUCGUCGUAGGAGGGAGGGGGCCCCUGGCAAUUCUCCUAGGGCCUCGGGGGCCCCCUAUCAAGGAGCAGCAGAGGGGCAGAAGCAGCAGCAGCAGGGUACUAUGCGGUCUCGGUUCCCCUUACCAUCACAAGCAGCUCUUGCUGCAGAGGCCCUUGGGGGGGGCCCCAUGCAACAAAUGGGGGGCCCCCCCGGUCGUGGCAGAGGAGGGUCUUGGAUGCCUUACGGAGGGGGCCCCAUGAAUCUGCGCAAUCCCUUUGGACCCAUGGGGGGCCCCGGCAUGCCUCCAUUUAUGCCAGGGCCCAUGGGAGGCCCUGGGGGCCCCCAUGGUCCACCGAGGCCCCCAGGAGGAGGAGGUGUACCCAUGGGGGCCCACCACCCUCCUGUAGGGGCAUACCCAGGGGCCCCGGGCCCCAAUGGGUUGCCUCCACCAAUGGAGGGGCCCCCACCAAGCGGGGCGCCCCCCUUUGUUGACACGGUAGGGGCCCCCAUGGGGGCGGCGGGGCCCCAUGGAGGCCCUCCACCACAUGGAGCAGGGCCUCACGGGGGCCCCCCGGGACAGCACAUGCAUCAGCCUCCUCCUCCCUUUAUGCGAGGUACGGGGGGCCCCCACAGCCCUACUUUGGGUCCCGAGGGGCCCCCUGCUCCCGUAGGAGGGGACGUACAGCAGAGGCUUAUGGGGCCCCCUCAGAUGGGUGGGGGCCCCCCUAUGGGUAUGGACAUGGGAGGCCCCCAUCACCCAAGGGGUGCAGGGGGGCCCCCCAUGUUCCUACCCCAGCAUAUGCAUCUACAGGGGGGCCCCGGUAUGCCCCCUCCCCCUCCUCCUGAGGCCUUUGGCAUGCAGGGUAUGUCUCCUGAAUGGUUAGGGGGGCCCCCUGGGGGCCCCCCCGUUGGGCCCCACAUGGGCGCGGGGCCCAUGGGGCCCCUCAUGCCCCAACAACAACCAGAUAUGCACCCUGCUGCGGCAGAUCCAGCAGCAGCAGCAGCAGCAGCAGCAGUAGCAGGCUACGGUGCAGGGGAGACACCCCUUAGGGUUGGAGACCCUGCGGGGGCCCCCCUUGUACGUCCCGCGGGCCCCUUGGGGGCCCCCCAUGAUCUGCAGCAGCAGCAGCAGCAGCAGCAGCAGCAAGCAGGACUCGUUGCUGCCUCUGAGGGGACAGAAGCAGCAGCACCAAAGUCAGAAGAAGAGAUAGAAGAGGAGACACUUUUUGCUUGGCUAGAGAAGGCAUUGGAGACGGCGACCCCGCAAAGGCUGAUGCAGCAAGUUGGGCCCCUGCUGCAGCCAGUAGCAGCAGAUGCAGCAGCAGCAGAUGGAGCAGCAGCAGCUACAGCAGCAGCAGCAGCAGCAGAUGCAGCAGCAGCAGCAGGUGCUCAUCAAGGGUCUCUCGAUAGAUCUACGUUACGUUUGCUGCUGGAGCUUAAGGAGGAGUCCCCCUCCUGCUACCUUGCAGACACAGCAGCAGCAGCAGCAGCAGCAGCAGCAGAUGCAGCAGCAGCAGCAGAGCGAAUGAAAUUUAUAAAGGAGGAAAUGGAGGAGACACCAGGGGGCCCCCCACCUGCGCAACGUCUGUGCAUUAGGGGCCCCCAAGAGGAGCAACAGGGGGCCCCCGAUCUCCCUCCUUUGCGUAUUUGCUGUGAUAUAGAAGAAGCAGCAGCAGCAACAGGUGCAGCAGCAGCAGCAGCAGCAGCAGAUGGGGAAGCUUCCCCAGAUGCUGCUGCUGCUGCUGCUGCUGCUAGGGCCCGCGCUUGCCCUCUUGCUGCAUGGGGUUUGUCUCUCUCUGCUGCAACGAUGGAGCUAGGAUAUGUCUCUUAG